CAUUUUCAACUGAAAUAAAUCGGAUAACGCAAUAACUGAAAGCCCUCUUAGGGUUUUAAGAGCUCUGUAUCACUGGCACUCAGGAAGUUGACAGUCUUCAUUUCCCGGGUCGAAUUCGCAAUUGGCUAUGUGGUCACUUCGCCGAGCUUCUGCUACUCUCAGGAAGCAAGGAUUGGGGAUAGAAAAUAGUUACUCUAGGUUUGCUACACUGCCGUGUGUAUCAAAUCGUUUUUUAGAAGACUGUGACAAGGGAGUUAAUUUUCCUGCUAAAGUUGUAUAUGGAGGGAUUUUAUCAAGAAAAUUUCACAAGAGGGCUUCUAGUGCACAUGUAGAAUUUUGGGGCACAUGCAGGUUCUCUACACAGGUAGACACAUCGAACACUGGUGAGGAAGAUAAUGAGCUGGACGAUGGGUUUUCUGAUCUUGAAGCUCCUGCAAUCCAAAAUGACCUUGCAGAUAACCAUGAGGAGUUAGUCUCAGAGCCAGACCUUGCUGAAGACGCAAUUGAUGUUUUAGAGCAAGAAGUUGAGGAUUCACUGGAUACGGUGGCUCCUGAUAAAUUAUCUAAGAAAAGAUUUGGAUCUACCUUAUUCAAGGAAAUUUUGGACAAUCCCACAUCAGAUUUUGGUGCUAUCGUGACUAAUUGGAAAAAGAAAGGAAAUGAAUUGACCCGCCCGGUAGUAACAGAAGUCAUGGUAGGCCUUCGGAAAAGGCGCUUGUUUGGGAAAGCGCUGCAGCUAUCUGAGUGGAUGGAGUCAUCUGAGGAGAUUGAUUUGACCGAUAGAGACUAUGCUUGCCGUGUUGAUUUAAUUGCCAAAGCCCGCAGUUUACAGAAGGCCGAGGCUUAUUUGCGGAAGAUUCCUAAACAAUUUUGUGGUGAACUAGUGUACCGAACUCUCCUAGCCAAUUCUGUUUAUACAUUGGAUGUGAAAAAAACCGAAGAGAUAUUCAAUAAAAUGAGGGAACUUGGGCUCCCACUCUCGAGCUUUGCUUUCAAUCAGAUGAUUGCUCUUUAUAAAAAAACUGAUAAGAAGAAGAUUUCCGAUGUCCUUUUACUCAUGGACAAAGAGGGAGUGAAGCCAUCUCGCUACACAUACCUAUUAUUGAUCGACAUCAAGGGCCAAGUAAAGGACAUUGAUGCCAUGGAAAAAAUUGUAGAGACGAUGAAAAGCGAUGGAUUCGAACCUGAUGUCUACAUAAAAGGAUCAAUAGCCAAACACUAUAUUGCCGGUGGUUGCAAUGAAAAAGCCGAGGCUGUAAUGAAGGAGAUGGAAGAAGGGGACGAGAAGGAACGCCGUUUUGUGCGCACAUUGCUCCUUCCUCUCUAUGCUUCCCUUGGCAAGGCAGAGGAAGUUAGCAGAAUCUGGGAAGCUUGCAAAUCCAAACCAAGUGCAUACGAGUGUCUGGCUGCAAUUCCUGCUUGGGGAAAUUUGAAGAAAAUUGAAGAGGCAGAAGAGGCCUUCGAGACAUUGCUAAAAAAGCAUGUAAAGUCAAAAGAUCUCAUUUCGAAAGCCUACCAUGUUUUAUUAAGUGUGUAUGCUGAACACAAGAUGUUGGAGAAAGGGAAUGAGCUUGUGAAGAGGAUGGGGCAAAACCAUUGCCAGGUGGGGCCAUUCACUUGGGAUGCACUUGUUAAGCUUUAUUGUAAUGCUGGAGAAGUGGAAAAGGCUGACUCUAUACUGAAAAAUGCAGCCACAAAGGGUCAGAAAAAGCCACUGUACAGAUCCUAUGCCACCAUCAUGGAGCAAUAUGCAGCAAAAGGCGACAUACACAACUGUGAGAAGAUGUUAUACAGAAUGAGGCAGGUGGGGUACACAUCCCGGCUUAAACAAUUCCAAACACUUCUUCAGGCAUAUAUAAAUGCCAAAGCUCCCGCUUAUGGAAUGAGUGAGAGAAUGAAGGCUGAUAACAUAUUUCCGAACAGAACAUUGGCUGGCUUGUUGGCUCAGGUUGAUGGAUUCAGACAGGCCGAAUUGUCGGAGAUACUGGAUUGAUUAGCUUCUGGUACUGGGGUAGUUAACAACUGAACUGUAGAAUUUGGUCUGCUUAUUAUGAUUUUGUAGUCCUUCAUCUACUUGUGAUGUUUAAUGCGUUUUCUUGUUAUGUUUCACUUUAACAAUGUGAUCGGCAUGGUGAUUCAUUUUAAAUAAAUGUAACUAUUGCCUAGGUUUUGACAAUGUUAGGAAAAAUAAUACCAAACGAAAUGCCAUGGACAACAAUGGAUCGGUUUUAAAAAAUUUCUAAAAAUAGACUAAGGUGACUUUUAUAC